AGUCUAUAGAGUGAGAAUAUGAGGUGGGUGUGUGGUUUGCCAGCGAAGAAGCAGAAGGAUCAAUGCUCUCUCUUUCUCUCAGCUCAGGUCAAAGCUGGCACUCUGUAUUAAGCCCCUCUCUUUUUCCUCUUCUCUUAUUUACAUCUCCUUUCCUCUACAUCUCCCCUUCACACUCUCUCUCUCUCUCUCUCUCUUCACUUCGAAGAGGGAAAAUUAAUGAGAAUUUGAGAACAAAGAAGAGAGCAUUUUCUUGGCAUUUUAAUGGUUGAUCAUUGUACAACAACCAACAUGGCUGCCUCUCCUUCUAUCUCCUGUUCUGAAAAGAAACAUUGGUGGAUUAGCAACAGAAAGAUUGUUGACAAAUAUAUCAAAGAUGCAAAACUUCUUAUUGCAACACAAGAACCCAACGAGAUUGCUUCGGCCGUUAACCUUCUCGACGCCGCACUCUCUCUAUCACCUCGGUUUGAACUUGCCCUCGAGUUAAAAACUCGAUCUUUACUCUAUCUCCGGCGAUUCAAGGACGUCGCCGGUAUGUUACAAGACUACAUUCCCAGCCUAAAACUUCCCGCCGAUGAAACAUCGUCCACGUCAUCCACUUCGUCUUCUGGGUCUUCCGAUAACUCAUCCUCACAGCUCUCAAGAGAGAGAGUGAAGCUACUUUCUUCGGGUAGUGACUCACCGGGUCGGGACGAAACCAGUUUCAAAUGCUUCUCUGUUUCUGAUUUGAAGAAGAAAGUUAUGGCUGGUCUUUGCAAGAACUGUGAUAAAGAAGGGCAAUGGAGGUACUUGGUUUUAGGUCAGGCUUGUUGCCAUUUGGGUCUAAUGGAAGACGCGAUGGUUCUUUUACAAACCGGUAAACGCAUCGCGACGGAUGCAUUUCGUCGCGAAAGCAUUUGCUGGUCUGACGAUAGUUUUUCGUUUGCCAAAUUCCCAAUCUCCGGCGAACCGGGCACCACAAAUAACCAGCCUCCGACUCCUCCUAAAACGGAGUCCGAGAGCAUUUCUCAACUGCUCAGUCAUAUUAAGCUUUUGCUCCGUCGAAAGACGGCUGCAAUUGCUGCUCUUGAUGCAGGGCUUCAUUCGGAAGCUAUUAGACACUUCUCGAAGAUUGUAGAUGGUCGUCGUGGUGCUCCACAAGGGUUCUUAGCCGAAUGCUAUGUGCAUCGGGCCUCAGCAUAUAGAUCGUCUGGUCGAAUUGCUGAGGCAAUAGCUGAUUGCAAUCGAACACUAGCAUUAGACCCUUCUUGCAUUGAUGCUCUUAGGACUAGAGCUGCUUUAUUUGAAGCUAUUCGAUGCUUGCCCGAUAGUCUUCAUGAUCUCGAGCACUUAAAACUCCUUUAUAAUUCGAUGCUACGUGAUAGGAAAUUACCUGGACCUAUAUGGAAGCGUCAAAACGUGCAAUACAGGGAAAUUCCAGGAAGGCUUUGUUCCUUAGGUGCUAAAAUGCAAGAAUUGAAGCAGAGAGUUGCUUCUGGUGAAACUGGGAAUGUUGAUUACUAUGCAUUGAUCGGUUUAAGGCGGGGUUGUUCUAGAUCAGAAUUGGAAAGAGCAUAUCUACUGCUCACUUUAAGACACAAGCCUGAUAAAUCAACAAGCUUUGUUGAAAGGUGUGAGUUUGCGGACGAAAAGGAUAUAGAUUCCGUUCGGGAUCGGGCAAAGAUGUCAUCUUUACUGUUGUAUAGAUUGAUCCAGAAAGGUUAUACAAGUUUAAUGACGACGAUCAUAGAUGAAGAAGCUGCUGAGAAGCAGAGAGCUAAGGCUGCAGCUGCAUUACAAGCAAUGCAGCAACAAGUUCAGCAAACUCAAGAACUUCAACAAUCUAGAGCUGAAACAGUCCGCAGUAACGCAGCCGCAUCAAGAAGAGCAUCAGAGGCUGCUUCCGAUACUACAUCAAGAGUAAUUUCAGAGGCUGCUGCUAAUACUUCAUCAUGUAACAACAGGGCAGAAAACAAGGUGGUGUCAAGUUCAACAAAUGCAUCAGCAUUUCAAGGAGUGUUCUGCAGAGACCUUGCAAUUGUUGGGAAUUUAUUGUCUCAAGCUGGAACUGGGUUUAAUCGCCCAAUUCCUAUGAAAUAUGAGGCAUUGAGCUGCUAAAUGUUAAGGGUUUAUCGUAAAAAAUCAGACUGAGAUUUAGCUUGGACAAUGUUAAUACCAUCGGCGCUGGAGAAGAAUCUGAAUUUGGUCCAAUAUCUUUGUACAAAGGGAAAAAAUAUUGGUUACUAUUGGCAGCCGGGAAAAUUUUGUAACUUUAUCUUUUAAUCUAUCUAUUUUCUCUAUUAUUCUCUCUUUACUUCUUAUAUUUUUGUUUUUUUGUUGUCAACUUUUGGUCGCUUUUGCGCUACAUGUACAGAGUUAAAUUCAGCACCUAAUUUAUCUACCAGUAUCCUUUCUCUUUUA